AUGGCAUCUGAAGGGCCCCCGGGAGGAGAGGGUCUUCCAGCCGAUCUGGGCGCAGCGAUCGCGGCUUUGAACUCAUGGAGCCACCCGGAGCUAGCGGCGCGGCUGGCGGAGAUAGGAGCUCCAAACAUGGGUCCCAGAGAGGAGCUGAUGGACAGACUGAAGGGCUACAUGAUCCAGACUGGGGUACUUGUCACUAAACCUGAUGUUCAGAGGGGUGGUAUGCCCAUUGCGCAGAUGGCAAUACCCCCCGGCAUGGGGAUGAUGCCAGGGUUGAACAUGAUGCCAGGAGGGCCCCGUCCACCAGGCAUGCGCAUGGAGCCUGGGAUGAACCCUGGCAUGUCCCAUGACGACCAGCUGAAGAUGGUUCAGCAGAGAGCCGCCAUGGUGCUGCAGCAGGAGCAGAUGCAGCAGGGAGAUUCCAGAGUCAUGGAUGAGCACAACCUUCUGGAACAACAGAAAAGAGCCGCUGUCCUUCUGGAACAAGAGCGUCAGCAUGAAAUGGCAAAGAUGCAAGGAGGCAUGCCCACUGCCAGCUUAAUACAAGGGCCGCUGCCUCCUGGUCUCAUCCCUAACCAAAAACAGAGGGGUCACAUUCCACCUGGUGACGACAGAGAGCCCUGGCAAAAUGACGACAUGACUGUCGCUGGACCAAAGAUUCCUCAGGCUUUGGAGAAGAUCCUGCAACUGAAGGAGAUCAGACAAGAGCAGAACACGGUCGCAGCAGAUGACGACAAUGAUGAUGGACUCGAUAGAAAGUCCUCCUCUAAAAUGGCCGACGACGAUGACGAUUCCUCAAAGAAAGACAAAAACCGUAAGCGCAGAAACAGAAAGAAGAAAAGUAAAAAGAAGCGAGCCCUGGAGAAGAAGGAGCAGGUGGAGCAGCCGACCGCAGCCAAGGACAAAGAGAACGAGAAGCAGCCGGAGGUGGAGAUCGAGUACGUGACGGAGGAGCCCGAAAUCUACGACCCCAACUUCAUCUUCUUCAAGAGGAUCUUUGAGGCUUUCAAGGUGACGGACGACGUGAAGAAGGAGAAGGAAAAGGAGCCAGAGAAAGAGAAACACGAGCUCCCGUAUCUGAAGAAGAAAGGCGUGGAGCUCCUGCGGAAAGACGACAGCGACGACAGCGACGAGGACAUGGAUAAAAGCGAUGUCCCCAAAAUCUCCAAGAAGAAGCUGAGGAGGAUGAACCGUCUGACCGUGGCGGAACUCAAACAGCUGGUGGCUCGCCCGGACGUGGUGGAGAUGCACGACGUCACGGCUCAAGAACCCAAGCUGUUGGUCCACCUGAAGGCCACGAGGAACACCGUCCCCGUGCCCAGACACUGGUGCUUCAAGAGGAAGUACCUGCAGGGGAAGAGGGGUAUCGAGAAGCCCCCGUUUCAGCUGCCAGAGUUCAUCCGCAGGACCGGCAUCCAGGAGAUGAGGGAGGCGCUGCAGGAGAAGGAGGACGCCAAAACCAUGAAAACCAAAAUGAGGGAGAAGGUCCGUCCGAAGAUGGGGAAGAUCGACAUCGACUACCAGAAGCUCCACGACGCCUUCUUCAAAUGGCAAAUCAAACCCAAACUCACCAUCCACGGAGACUUGUACUAUGAGGGCAAAGAGUUUGAAACCCGUCUGAAGGAGAAGAAGCCCGGGGAUCUGUCGGACGAGCUGCGCAUUGCUCUGGGAAUGCCCGUCGGACCCAACGCCCACAAAGUGCCCCCUCCCUGGUUGAUCGCCAUGCAGAGAUACGGACCACCUCCGUCGUACCCCAACCUCAAAAUCCCGGGACUGAACGCUCCCAUCCCAGACAACUGUACGUUUGGAUACCACGCCGGAGGGUGGGGGAAGCCUCCUGUGGAUGAGAUGGGGAAGCCGCUGUACGGAGACGUGUUCGGGACCAACUCCGGAGACUUCAUGUCCAAAGCAGACGAUGAAGAGCUGGACCACACGCCGUGGGGAGAGUUAGAACCAUCUGAUGAGGAGUCUUCAGAGGAGGAGGAGGAAGAGGAGAGCGACGAAGAGAAGCCAGACGAGACCGGCUUCUUCACUCCCGCCGACAGUGGCCUGAUCACGCCUGGAGGAUUCUCGUCCGUCCCCGCCGGGAUGGAGACGCCGGAGCUGAUCGAACUCAGGAAGAAGAAGAUCGAGGAGGCUAUGGACGGUAAUGAGACUCCGCAGCUGUUCACGGUGCUGCCGGAGAGACGCACAGGCCCAGUGGGAGCCGCCAUGAUGGCCUCCACACACAUCUACGACAUGUCGGCCGCGGCCAUGGCGGGUCGUAAGGCGGCAGGAGGAGAGUACCAGGGAGUGGAGGUGGCUCUGGCCCCAGAGGAGCUGGAGCUGGACCCCAUGGCCAUGACACAGAAGUACGAGGAGCAUGUGAGGGAGCAGCAGGCGCAGGUGGCCAAAGAGGACUUCAGCGACAUGGUGGCGGAGCACGCCGCCAAACAGAAGCAAAAGAAGAGGAAGGCCCAACCUCAGGACACGAGAGGCGGAGCCAAGAAAUACAAAGAGUUUAAGUUUUAG